CCGUGUGCGCCGGCCGCGCCCCGCCACCCCAGAGACGCAGCGGGCAGCGGGCAGCGGGGUCCGGCCGCGGCGGCUCCGGCGCCUGCCACACGAUGUUCCCCUUCUGUAGCUGCUGGAGUACAAGGCUGUUACUCUUGCUACUCUUGGCUGUGGCACUGAAAGAAUCCUGGCAGACAGAAGAAAAAACUUGUGACCUGGUAGGAGAAAAGGAUAAAGAAUCAAAGAAAGAGUUGGCUCUAGUGAAUAGGUUGGAACCACUGUUUAACAAAAGUUUUGAGAGCACUGUGGGCCAGGGUUCAGACACAUAUAUCUACAUAUUCAGAGUAUGCCGAGAAGCAAGCAACCAUUCCUCUGGGGCAGGCCUGGUGCAAAUCAACAAAAGUAAUGGAAAGGAGACAGUGGUAGGGAGAAUCAACGAGACUCACAUCUUCAAUGGAAGUAACUGGAUCAUGUUGAUAUAUAAAGGGGGUGAUGAAUAUGACAACCACUGUGGCAAGGAGCAGCGUCGAGCAGUGGUGAUGAUUUCCUGCAGUCGGCACACUCUCGCGGGCAGUUUUACCCCAGUAUCUGAGGAGCGUGGCAAAGUCCAAGAUUGUUUCUACCUCUUUGAGAUGGAUAGCAGCUUGGCCUGUUCCCCAGAGGUUUCCCACCUCAGUGUGGGAUCUAUCUUACUUGUUACACUUGUAUCACUGGUUGCUGUCUAUAUCAUUGGAGGUUUCCUGUACCAACGACUGGUGGUGGGAGCCAAGGGUAUGGAGCAGUUUCCCCACUUGGCCUUCUGGCAGGAUCUUGGCAACCUAGUAGCAGAUGGUUGUGACUUUGUAUGCCGCUCUAAACCCCGCAAUGUGCCUGCUGCAUAUCGUGGUGUGGGGGAUGACCAGCUGGGGGAGGAGUCAGAAGAAAGGGAUGAUCAUUUAUUACCAAUGUGAUUGCACCUUAAAUGUCCAGCAUUCUUCAGUUCCCAAACCACCAAAGCACACUUAGCCAGAUUUCUCAAGCCAUCUCCACCUGCCUCUCAUCUCACCCUUAAUAUUCUUGCUUUCCAUUUCUAUCUUCUAACACUACUUUCCAUUUGCUCCCCAGUUUUUCUCUGGAGGUUAGGUUGUGGACCUGUGGAAGCACAGGCUACUGGACUAUGUCUUGCUGUCAGACAUUAUAGGUAGAAAAGCUGAAGUGGACAAGACAGUUACUUGUUUUACACACCAUGAGUGUUUGAGACACUGGAUUUAGUUUUUCAAAAGCAAAGGACUAUUUAUACAUUUGAUUGCUCCCAUGCUGUUACUCUAUCCUAGUCUCCAUGAGAAUCUGGAUGUAAUUUCUUGCUGCUUCGAACUACUUUAGUGAUUCCCUUGUUGUAGUCCAACAAGGUGAUUCUCCCAUUUCUGGAAUCAGGACAGGAAACAAAAAUGUGGAAUUUCCUAGUUAUCACAUUUAUAGUUAGGUCUUGAGGGUGGGUUUAUAGCUUCAACUGGGCUCUGGAUGGCGGACAUGUUACCAGUCCCUAUGUAGUCAAAAUACCUAGUCAGGCAGUCCGGUCGGUUGGAAAGGGAAGUUAAGAUUAGGAAGGUUUGCCUUGUGGUGGGAUAACCUUGACUUUCCUCUUGUUCGAAGCUAGCAAAGCUGUCCUUACUUGUUGCCCUCUGCUGGUAUUUCUAAAUUGCACUUCUUUCCUAUGCCUGUGGUUGUGGCUUUUACUUUCUCCCGAUCUUCUGGAAAGGGAAUGGAAGCAGAAGUGGGAGGCUCUGCGUCGGUGGGGAGUGCUGCUCGCCUGUCCCUUCUGCUGGCUCAGGGAAGUAUCUUCUUGCCACUUUUCUGUGGGGAAAGGUUUUAAUCCUCGGAUGCUUCAAUCUUUCUGCUUAGGCUAUAUGCCUAGAGUCCCGGGUGAUCUUUCUGUAAUAGUAACUCCUGGGCCACAAAAUAACAUGGCUCCACUGAACACAAGAACACAAAGGGAGCCAUUUAUUACCUUAGAAUAUGAAGUUAUUUCAUUUUUUAACUUCUCGAUACUAUGAAUGGUUAUGAUGUUCUUGUUUCUUUCUAAACAGAAAAUAAUGUUAUAAAAAAAUCUUGUUACUUGUUUGCAUCCCUUCCCCAUACCCUGAUGUUUUCAAAUGAAAAGAAUACAAUAACACACUUUUUGUACAAAAACACUUAAUGAUUAAAAAACAUACAAAACCUG